AUGCCAUCAGCAUAAAUCCUAAGGAUACUCGCUGGGUUGGUGCCUGGUGGCUUGGAUUGCUUAUCUGUGGAGCAGUUAACUUCAUUGCUUCAUUGCCUUUCUGGUUUUUGCCUUACUCCUUACCAAAAGAAGGAGAGAAUGAAAACCUGAAGAUUAGUAACUUGUCCAUUCAAGAUCACUGUAAAUUAGACCCCCCAGCUCAGCCACAGUUAAAGUUCUCAGAGGCAGUAAAAGAUUUCUUUCCAGCUCUGAAGAAGCUGUUUGGAAAUCCGGUUUUCCUGGUGUACAUCUUCCUCACUAUUCUGCAAUACAAUUCUCUUGUUGGGAUGAUAACCUAUGAGACAAAGUUUAUGGAGCAGCAAUUUAACGUAUCAGUGGCAAGAGCCAUCUUUCUAAUUGGUGUGAUACUUUUACCCAUCACAAUCCUGGGGAUGUUUCUAGGAGGCUUUCUGAUCAAGAAAUUCAAGCUUCAGAUAACUGAAAUGACAAAAUUUGCAUGCAUCACCUUUAUAGCGGCGUAUUUGUUAAACCUCUUGUAUUUUACCUGCAGUUGUGAGGUGCUCCAGGUGGCUGGUUUGACAGCGCCCUACUCUGGAUUAAAGCAUCUUUCCUCCCCUAAAACCAGCUUCAUGGCCAGUUGCAAUGCUGACUGCAGCUGCAAGCUGGAUCAGUGGGACCCUGUAUGUGGGGCUAAUGGAAUCACCUACAUGACUGCCUGCUUUGCGGGAUGUAAAACAUCAACUGGGACGGGAAAGAAUAUGGUGUUUCACAACUGCAGCUGUGUAGAAGGACAAGGGCAUGGGCUUGGCAAUUCCUCUGCAGUUUUGGGACAAUGCCAAAGAGAAAGCUGUACCAAAGCAUUUCCCUAUUUUUUAGCAUUACAGACUGCAUGUGCUUUUAUUUUAGCCUUAGGAGGCACUCCUACAUACAUGAUUAUGUUUAGAUCUGUUUCACCAGACCUGAAGUCCUUUGCUGUUGGAAUUGAAACUUUAGCUGGUAGAGUACUAGGAGGACUACCAGCCCCUAUUUAUUUUGGUGCCUUGAUAGAUAAGACCUGCUUGAAAUGGGGAACAAAGGACUGUGGGGGAUCUGGAUCUUGCCGGGUAUAUGACACAAAAGCGUUCAGAAAUGUUUAUCUUGGCCUCAUUGCAGGACUGCGGGCAGGAUGCUGUCUCUUAUACAUAGUGCUCUCUGUUUUAAUAAUGAAACGCUUCAAACCAGAUGGCAAAGAGGUGACAGAUAUUAAAAAUACAGAAAGAUCAACCAGCAAAGAACCAGCUAUUGGCAAUAAAAAAGAAAUUCUUCCUGGUGCAAGAACCUCAGAAGACAGUGAGGAAACUUUUAUGUAA